AUGACAGAUAUCCCCGUAGCAACUGCAUGUGUAUCAUUCUUCCAGACUCUCGCUGGUGCUCUUUUUAUUGCAGUCGCUCAAACGCUAUUCCAGGAGGGAUUACUGAGUAGAAUUCGUGCGGAUGCGGCGCAACUGGACGCUACUAUUUUCAUUCACAGUGGAGCCACUCAGAUCCGCGAUAUCUUGAGAGGGUUGGGUCAAGAAGAUGCGUUGGAGGUCGUGCUGCAAGGGUACGUUGAUGGGUUGGCACAUUGUUUUUGGAUUACUUGCGCGUGUGCCAUUGCUUGUUUCUUUGUGAUACUAGGGUUGGAGUGGCGAAGUGUGAAGGAGGGGCAGGACAAGGAGAAGGAGAAGUCUAGUAAUAAGGUUGGGGAUUUGGAAAAGGGAUCGAAUGAGCUGGUAGGUAAUGAGAAGUUUGAGGAGAAGGAGACAAAGUGA